CAUAACCUACGUGACUCAGACGCAGCAAAGCCACAGCGCGAUAGCCUGCAUAGUGUGGCUCCAUCAAGCUAAAUUAUCCUUUGGCAAUGGUGUCAGAUCCUGGAGACCACUGCACAGAGAACUCAAACUCAGUGGAAGUCUCUCAAGAAGUUGGAGCUAUGGAGCCUUCUCCAAACAAGGACACCGGAGGGCCUGAGACACUUGACCUUAGCCAUACAACAGAGAUGACCUCGAGCCCUGAUCUGUUAGAGGCAGAGGAGAGGGCCUUUGUUGAUAAUCUUUAUCGUUUCAUGAAGGAUCGAGGUACACCAAUUGAAAGAAUACCACAUCUUGGAUUUAAACAAAUGGUUCUCACUUUUUGCUUUCUGUCUACAGUUAAUCUGUGGAAAAUCUACAAAGCAGUCGAGGCCCUUGGGGGAUAUGACUCUGUGACAGCACGGCGGUUGUGGAAGAAUGUAUAUGAUGAACUAGGAGGAAGUCCAGGGAGUACGAGUGCAGCUACUUGUACCCGUAAACACUAUGAGAGGCUUGUUCUACCUUUUGAAAGACAGCUGAGAGGAGAGGAGUAUAAGCCCCUUCCUCCAUCUAAACCUCGAAAACUGUAUAAGAAGAGUCCGGACCUUAAGAGUGUCAAACCUGAGGCCAAGAGGAGGAGGAAACUGACUGAGACGGAAGAAAAGACACAUUCUAAGGAAACAGCUCAUCGUAGCCAUCUCUGUAAGCCAGGAACAUGCCCUCACAAUAGUCACUGGGCAGUUUAUCAGGACCAACCCCACCUAGAUUGCCCAGAAUCCCAAAACAAGUUUGGGGACCAUCAGACAACUGCUCUUGUGGUCCAUGAGUCUCACCAGGACAUCUCUGCCCCUGUGCCAUUAGGUUCCACUGGGGUAAUGUCUCCUUUGGAGAAAAAGAAGCUUCUGGCCCAAGCAAGCCUGUGUUUCCUGCAGAGUCCAAAAGCAGAAGACAGCUCAAGAAGGCCAACAGUUAUCCAGUGCUCUCCGACCCCUGGUUGUUCACUGCUAGGCAGAACCCAUAACUCUUCAGAUGGUUCCCCACUACCUCUCUCCUCACCCUCUGUCACAUGCUCUCGCAGCCCUUCACCUAACUCUGUUUCAUCUGAGGAAUGCUUAACAACGACUGAACCCAUCGGCUUAUCUACAGACACAAAGAAAAGCACACUGUCAACUGCUGUUGCCCUCUCUACUCCUCCUUAUUCAGCACCCAGCUUUCCUGCAUUAUGCAAACCUCGAAGCUGUUACCCCACACAUCUGGGCAACCUUCACUUGCACCAUUACCAAGAUAUUCUUCAGGCAAGCCCAAAACAAUUGAACACCACCACUGCAAGUAAAAGCUACAGAGCCUCGUACACCUGGAGCCCUGAAAGCCACGGGGGGAGUUCUCAGCCCCCUAUUCUAAAACACCCCAUACUAACCCAGUCCUGGGUGUCCUCAGCUUCUAGUUUCACAAAAGUGAUGCCGAAAUCCAAGGAUGUUUUCUCUCCAGUGGCCCUCCACCCUUUUCACAAAGUCUUGCCUCUAACUCAUGAGCCAACCAAUAAAAUAUAUAUGAGAAAUGGUCAGGAAUUCAGUCAGUCCCCCAAGAAACUACGAGGGCUACCUCCUUUGCAUUUCAUAGACAAAAAAGAUAAAGCUAUGCAUGUCUUGCCAAAACCGCUGCCCAGUGUGCAGUAUAUAAAACAUUCUGCAGUAGUUCCUCAAGUACCUUACCAGGGGUCUGAGAACCAUCUGAAGUGUCUACAAGGUCAAAAUCCAGUUCAUUGUCCAACCCAUCUGCCAAUGCCUCAACUGAACCCACACCAACCACAUCUAAUGCCAGGUGUCACCAGCUUUUCUGCCCCAUAUGACUUUUCUCUUCAAUCAUACUCCUACACCCUACCAUUCUGGCCAUCCCCUACUGGUCUGUAUCCAUAUCCAUCCAAUACAAGACUCUGAUAAUAAAUUGUCCUACAAAAGGCAUAUCAGAGCGGAUGUUGGAAGUGACUGCCAUACAUGUUUCUGUGAUUGUUCGGAAGGUUUUCUAAAAUUUCACACAGACUUUUGUUAGUUUAGGUUUGAUCCUUAAUCCAUCCUGACAAUCAGAGACUAACUGUGUAUUAUUAUAUUGUAUGAUGUAGGUUAUGUUGGUCUUUUCACUUGCAUUGUUCAGAAUAUUGUACAUGUCUACACGGAAUGAGCAGAUCCGAUACUCACGAUCGGUAUCGGUCUGAUAUUGGCCAACAUUACUGCAUCAUAUACCGGAAAAUAAAAAAGGUUUUCAUAAAAAAUGAUCUAAUCCCCUCAGAUAAAACCUAAGUGAUCAUAACUAUACUUAGGACACGCCAUAAAGAGAGAUGCAAGGAGCAGCAUAUUUCAUGUGAACAGUAGAAUGUGAGAGACCUGUAGGCAGCACAAUCACAGACAACGGCAACAAUCCUAAUUUACCAAUUUUGGGAAUGCUGAAUUGAACCAAUUUCAUCCAUAGUACCAUAGUACCAUGGGGCAUCCUAAAGUAAGGAACGUUUAUUUAGGAUUUUGGUGACGUAAGACAUUUCUGUAAUUCACCUUUCCUAUCUAAAGUUAGGAGAACAUUGACUUAGGAGCAGCUGUUAUGUAAUGAUUUUCUAAACAUAGCUAACAUGGUUACCAAACAGAUAAGAGUUUGCGAGUUAGGAAAUUUCUGUAAUACGGCUCCGCAGGAAGUGUUUUGGUUUUUGCAUUUUAGACAGUAAAUAAUCAGAUAAUGCACUGGGUGCACUUUAUAAGAAUAUAUUAUGACAAUUAUGUACUGACAUACUGUGCUGAGAAUGGCCAGUCCCUCUCUAAAAUAUAUCUCCAUACCACAGGCCAUUGUCACAUAUCAUCUACCCACUUUGUAGAGGUGAAUAGCCUUCGGUAGCGAAGUAUAAUCUUGCCAUCUGACCUCCUGAUGGCAUUUUUUUUUCUAAUCCUCCCAAGUUAGCCUCUCCAUCCUCUUCUGCUGCAUUAUCCUAAUAAAACUAACUAGUCAAAACUAGCCGACCGGAACACAAGGCGGAAGAAACUACAUUUCUAAAAUGAGAGAGGUGGAAUAAUGUGAACUGUAAAAUUGACUGAUCCUUCCCAGAUAGCAAAAAUACACUGGAACGGAACUGGGCUACACCUACCACAAUAUCCGGCACGGAUCUGCAUAAUACACCUGACCCGGCGUCCAAAUGCACACCGGUCCAAAAUGGGUCUGGAUUCGUUUGACGGAUCUGGUGCCAAUAGGGGCUAAGACUGGUCCAGGUCCGCUUAUUGUGUGUGGCACGGACCCGUUUAUCAGUUCACAGCUGGCUUUAUUGACAUGUGAAAUGUGAUUGCUAAUUAUCCAGACAAACCUGUUUGCAAUUAAGAUACAGUACACAUUUGCUAACAGGUUCGUUUAGGUUCACCCAGUCUACAAGUUGGUUACAUUUUCCCAACAGCUAAACUAAUAAACAGCAUAAGCUAGGCUACUAAACACAAUAAGGAAAAAAAGCUUUACACAUAAGUGUCAUAAUC